AUGAGCCAACUUGAAUCAUCCGGUUUCAAUGUGUCGGAGCUUUUCCAGACUAGUACCUCUUCAGUGCCGGAAAGUGGCCCAGCCUUACGGAAAAGAUCAAACUCUCAGUCACAGGUUGUUGCUCUGUCAAUGUACCUACCACCACGUUUGAACUCGUCUCCGUCGAACAUUUUAGGCCGUGGCGUUGGCUCAGCAAGCCACCACAUGAACGCCAAGCCACAAAAAAGACAUCAAGCAGAGUACUAUGUUACACUAGCUCCAUUGAACGAUACUUUUGUGAAAAAGCACAUUCAUGUCCCCUAUUACCCAGAAACUUGCAAAUUAGGGCGCCCGACAGGCACAAAAAUCAAACCGCACGUUAACAACGGCUAUUUUGACUCCCGUGUUCUCAGUCGAACGCACGCUUGCAUGUACAUUGAGCCAAAGACUGGCCAGUUGAUGAUUCAAGACAUGGGAUCAUCUAACGGUACCUUCGUCAACCAAAACAAGAUAGGCGCCGAACCAGUUCCCAUAAAUAUAGGUGACUCUAUAAAUCUUGGGUUCAACAUUCAAAUCGAAACGAGUCAUAAACAAAUCAGCGCCCGGAUUGAAAAUAUCAAUAUUGUAUCCAAUAAUCCAACUGGACCAGUUCUUAGUGGUCUACCCAAUCUAACGCAAGAUGAUAUAAAUAAGUUCUCUGCGUCCGAGAUGAGACACUUUGACUUUAUUCAAAGAAUUUUCGCCCUGUUACUGGAUAACAAGGAUAAAGAGUUCGACGAACUGGUGGAAGAAGAAGAAAAUGAAUCUUUCAAAGCUUUUGAAAGGGCAAUGUUCGGAGAUAUUUUCCCUUCUUUGGAAGAUGCGCUAGCAUCUACAUCGGAGGACAGUUUGAAUGCUGGAAUUUUCAAAAACUCACUUAUCGUUAAUGCGCCUAAUGUUGGGUCCACGAUUGACACUCUCAUGGCGAACUUGGCUUUAGUAAAGCAACAAAACAGUUCUUUGAGCUCAUUAGAAACUUACCUCAAAAACUAUACUACAAAGAUGGAUGAACUCAAUUCCCGCUUUUUGAAAGCUGAGUUGGAAGCUCGUGACCAAGAGUUCCAGAAAAAAUUAAAGGUCAUCUCUCUAGAAAAUGAAAAGGAGAAGGACAGACAUCGCUCGGUCAUUGAGAAACUAGAGGAACAAGUUCAUAACCUCAAACUAGAAAAGGCAGAACUUGAUUCGAAGCUACAAAAACAAAUGUCUCUGGCAAAAGCUGAGGAGACUGACAAGCCUGAUGCUAAUGGAACACUCGAUCGAACGACACAGACUUCUAAUGGUGUAAGCAAGAUAUCCCGCAUAGUUGAUGCUACAUGCUCUGACGUGAAGAAAACCUCUAACAUUGCAACUGUUACGCCUGCAGCUAAAGUUUUGAAAACGCCAUCUUCUGGUUCUCCUGAUGAAUCCAAAAAUGACCAAUAUAUGCCUAUAAGGUAUGAAAAGGACGAUGAUGAAGGCAAGUCGAGCGUCAUAGCACAUCAUACUCCUGAGAGUAACGACUCGGUGACAGAACCUUCAGCUGCUGAAUAUCCAUAUUUGCGCCAUUUGUCUCUGCUGUUGGCUAGUUUCAGAAAUCAAGGGGUAAUCUUGGGAGUCGUUGUUGUCGUCGCUGGAUACUUGUAUCAAACAUCGAACAAAUGA